UAUCAAGAGCCAGGCUUUACUGAGUAAGGCCUCACUGACUUUCUGGAUUUUACUACGCCUUUUAGACCACAUUUCAAGGAUACGCUCAUUUAUGUUUGGGAAUCCGCAGCAACCAUGUGACUGAUCUAGUUUGCUCCGGUUGGAGGACUAAGUGAGGAGAAGUAUCCCAGGAUCCCCUGCACCAUCAAAAUGCCUGUGCAUCAGAUAUCCGUCAUGCCUGUUAGAAAGGAUUCCACGUUUAAUGGACAGAGCAGCAUCAGAACCAGAAAGAACAGUAAAGAAAAUGAGGCACAUAGCUCAACCCAGGGGGCAGGACUUAGUGGCGCAUCACAGAAUUUUGCAACACCUUCCUGUCAGGAAACGUGCAGCACUGGUGACUUGUUCAACUCUGGAAAUCAUGGCCCAGGUCACACCACAGCCAUCCUUCCUGUAAACCACACCCCCAUCACUAAGCAACAGGUGAAGCGUCGAUACCGGCGACGACGGAAGAGUGGUGGUUGCAUGGCAGAAUGUGUGGACCAGUCAAAGAGCGCACACACCCAUAAUGACUCAUCUUCAGGAGACGAACAGUACGACAGGGCAGCUCGAUCCUGGAGCCGUGAGAAAGCCCGGCGUAGACGACGCCCACGCGUGAACCCGUGUUCCCGUGAGGAUGAAGCCCAGAAACAGGACCUCAAGACCUCUCAGAGGGCAUCCUUAAAGAUGGAGGAGCUAGACAGCAAGUCAGCCAAUCAUUCCAGAGAGAGGGAGUGUGGCGAGGAAGAAGGGCCAAUCACCAAGACGUAUGAGGAGCAAGGAUCAGGAGACACAGAUAUGGCUGUUACGACAGCUCAGAAGUUCACAGAGGCGUCCAAUCAGAACGGGACACUACAGGAAGCGUGCGCUGAUGAUGAACCAGAAGUGUGCAGGAUCUGCCACUGUGAAGGUGAUGAGGAGUGUCCUCUCAUCACGCCGUGUAGGUGCACCGGGAGUCUACGCUUCGUGCACCACGCUUGCCUGCACCAGUGGAUCAAAAGCUCAGACACGCGCUGCUGUGAACUGUGUAAAUACAACUUCAUCAUGGAGACGCACCUCAAACCCUUGCGCAAGUGGGAGAACUUGCAGAUGUCUACAAACGAGCGCAGGAGGAUCUUCUGCUCGGUGAUCUUUCACCUGGUGGCUGUGGCGUGCGUCGCCUGGUCGAUCUACAUCUUCAUUCUCGUGAAUCACACUGCUGAAGGAUUACAGCAAGGCAAAGACAUUGCUGUGUUCUUAUUGGAAUUGUCUCAUCUUAAUGUUGCAGGUCCGCUGGAGUGGCUGUUCUGGACCAAGCUUGGCAUCGUGGCCCUCAGCGUGGUGGCAGGCCUCAUCUUCAUGUACAUCCAGUGCAAAGUUUACCUCAACCUGUGGAGACGCCUGAAGGCUUUUAACCGCGUCGUCUUUGUGCACAACUGCCCAGACUCGGUGUGCAACGGAGCUGAAAAGGCCCCGCCCCCUCACAUUGUUCCCACCCACCAGACCCAAACAAACGUGUCCUGCCCUGUCCCAGCAGGAGGAAGUGCAGAGGUGGCGCCGGUCUGAUUUUCUAUAAUAGCUUAACUUCAAAUAGAACAUUCAGGCAAAAUCAGGCAAGACUUCGCGAUCUUAUAAAAUCUUAUCAUUUCUAAGCCAAAUCUAUUGCUUUUACGUAUCAGGAAGAUUUCGGGGAGGAUCUAGGACCCCAAAAAUCAGUAUUAAAUACAAAUGCUGAACAAGCUUCAAGGCACCGAACAUCAUUAGAAGAAAAAAAAAACACUGACUUCUGCUCCA